UUGUUUUUGUUUUGGUUGGAUUGGAAUCUGAGAUUGGAAUUUAGAAUGUUUUGAUAUUUUUUUUACAUAAUAUGCAAGAUUUAUUACUUACAUUUUUAAUAUUAAUAUGAUUGAAUUAAUCAGUUAAGAAAAGCAGGAAUAGCAUUAGAUUACGAUAUAGUUCGUCGACCGGUUACAAAGUCCAGUUUGCGAGUUCGUGUUGUGUUCAAGGCGAUAUCUUGAUGUUGUUUGGUCCGUUCUAAUCAUUUUCGCCGCAAAUUGCCUCCGCGUUGGAUGUUGGCGAGAGUAAAUUAGUUAACAAGGCUUGAAACUGUGAUAUUGUAACAAAAAUACUGCCUAGGCCAGUGACACUCACGCUGAAAAAGGAAUAAAGCAAAAAUGUCAUUGAGACGAGCAGUUCUGCAGAUUAUCAAGAAACAGGGUGUUGCCACAACGGUUUCCAUAAGGCAUGGUAGCUCAAGUACUGAGAGUAACAUUUUGAAGUCUGUAUAUAGAGACAUUCCAAUGACCAAUGAGACCUUGUGUGAUUUUGUAUGGCAAAAUCUGGACAGGUGGCCGGACAAGACUGCUACGGUAUGUGGCAUCACAGGGCGCGGUUUCACAUACGCACAGACACAUAGAAUGACAAUGUCGUUCGCCGCUUCACUGCGGACGAAGUUAAAAUUGAGAGAAGGGGACAAUGUUGCCGUGAUACUGCCUAACGUACCCGAAUACCCGUGUGUGGUACUCGGCGCUUUGCAGGCUGGAUGUGUAGUUAGUCCUAUGAACCCGUUGUAUACUCCAGAGGAAUUAAGACACCAACUAAAACUGAUCGACUGCAAAGCUGUGGUCACAUCGCAAGUUACAUACGCGAACGUAUCAGAAAGUUUGAAGCAAAUCAACUUCAAAAUACCUAUAAUACUCGUAGACAACAGCGUACCUGAGGGUACUAUAAAAUUCGCCGAGUUUGCUGAAGAUUUGAGCGUGGAUACGGAAUGUUUGAAGACAGUUAAGAUGACAGCAGACGAUGUAGCGUGUAUACCGUUUUCUAGCGGCACCUCUGGGUUUCCUAAAGGCGUGGAGUUGACACAUAGAAGUGCGGUGGCGGCGAACAAAAUGAUAUCGAUGCCUGAAGUCGUGGCAGUUGUGGAGACUACUGCUACUCAACAAUCCGCCUUCACCGCCGUCAUUCCGUUCUUCCAUAUAUUCGGCUUCAACGUGCAAAUGCUGAAUCAGCUGUACUUGGGCUGCAAAAUAGUUACUUUACCCUUUUUCAAACCCGAGGUGUAUAUUAAGACUAUCGCUACAUAUAAGACUGAUGCGCUGUUUCUUGUCCCACCUAUAGCGGUGUUCCUCGGUAAACAUCCGAUGGUGACGCCUGAACAUCUGUCGCCUGUCCGCUGCAUCAUUAGUGGUGCAGCGCCACUUGCUAAGGAAGAUGCUGAGGCAGUAUUAAGGAAGAGUAAAAAUCUCAACUUCCGCCAAGGUUACGGCCUGACAGAGACGAGCAGUUGUAUUUCAAUAGGUGACAACAAAGACACUAAUCACGCUUCGGUCGGCCAUGUCAUGUCUAGAGGCGAAGUGAAGAUAGCCGAUUUUGACACUCAGAAGGCCUUAGGACCUGGUGAGGAAGGUGAGAUCUGGUUCCGUGGCCCAAACGUGAUGAAAGGAUAUUACAAGAACGAAGAGGCUACUAAGCAGGACUUCACGGAAGACGGGUGGUACAAGACUGGUGACAUUGGAAAGUAUGAUGAAAGAAAGUAUUUGUAUGUGACGGACCGGCUCAAGGAACUAAUCAAGGUCAAAGGCUUCCAAGUGGCCCCAGCGGAAUUGGAAACGAUAGUUCGUCUCCACCCGAAAGUGGCCGAUUGCGCUGUAUUAGGCGUUCCCGACGGUAAAACCGGGGAAGUGCCCAAGGCUUUCUUUGUACCGUACCCGGGACAAGAAGUCAAGCCGGAAGAAGUAAUGGAAUUCGUAAACGGGAAAGUUUCGUCGUUCAAACAGCUGAAACACGCGCAAUUAGUGCAGGAGAUACCGAAAAAUGCGGCUGGUAAGAUUCUGAAGAGAGUUCUGAAGGAUAAGUAUUGUUAGUGUAAGUUAAAGUAUGUUUUCCGCUAGAUUAGUUUGUAUGUAAACGUGCCAAAUGAUUCGUAAUUGAGGCGAGUGAAAUUUUCGCAAUUCUCGAGACUAAUUCAGACUCUUGAAAUAGCAUUUAUAAAUGACAACAUCUUUAAACAAUAUAAAUUGGUUAAUAUAACAUAGACUACACGUAAUAAAUACGUAACUUACUUUUAUUUUGACGCCGUAAAUAUUUAUGUUCAUUCAAAAUAAGA